AUGGCGACCGUCAGCGUUGGGGACACCGUCAUGGUGCCCGGCGACAUGCACGGCGUCGUCAAAUUCAUCGGCCCGGUAGCAGGGAAAAAAGGAAUAUUUGCAGGCGUACAACUCGCCACCGAAUAUGCGCCUCGCGGCAAAAACUCUGGUGAAGUGGAUGGAAAAUACUAUUUCAGAACCACAAUCCCAGGCUCGGGUAUAUUCCUGCCCUUGGAGAAGGCCGUCAAGAAACCCGGCAGUGCUGGCAGUGCAGGGCCAGGAUUGGGACUCAGCGGUAUAAGAGCAAGUCCCGGACCGCCCACACCCACCAACAGGCUUGCCAGCUUUAAUCAAGGUGGGAGGACACCUGGCGCGACAUCAGGUAUCGCAAAACCCACCUUCAGCCAAUCCAUGGGCCCCGGCGGCAUGAGACCGUCGGGCGCAGCCAGUCCGGCACUCAAACCACCCCUGAGAAGGGAAUCGCUUCCACGGCCCUCGAGUCCACUGCGGAAAGUCAACACUCCUACACCCAGAACACUAGCGACGCCGAAGACACGACCCAGCGGCAUUGGUCUUGCGAAGAGCACAAACGGAGGAGGCCCUGGCGGACCUUACGCCAAACCGAGCCAGCAACGAGGUGCCAACAACUUCAGCCAGAGUUUAAGACAGGGCAGCUCAACUGCAUCUGCGAGCCCCUCACUGGGCCCUGAAUCAAGCUUUGACGAAAUUCCCGAACAAGAGGCCGAAACCACACCAACACCGACACCAAAUUUCAGCAGAAAGACGACCGAGACUAACGUGGAAAAGUACGAGACGAAAAUCCGCGAAUUGAACGAAGAACUGGAGGAUGCGAGACGCCAAUUACACGACCAAGGCACAAGUUUUGCCGAGAUGGAACGCAAUUUCAACGAGCUACAAAAACUUCUACCUGGACUGGAAGAAGACCAGCAGGCAGACAAAAGAACCCGAGAGGACGGUGAAGAAGACCUCCCUCGUGAUGUCGUUUCCCUGCGGGAAGCCCUACGCGAGAAGAACGAAAAGAUCAAAAUCCUCACGGCGGAGUUCGACGCCAACCGCGCAGAUUUUCGCUCUACGAUUGACACCUUGGAAAUGGCGAGUACCGAGACCGAACGCGUCUACGAGAAGAGAGUAGACGAGCUGCUCGAGGAGGUGAGAAACUUACAGGAUCGGAGUGAGGAUGUCGAGACAGUAGCACAGCAACUUAAGCAGUUGGAAGAACUUGUGCAGGAGCUUGAAGAAGGGCUUGAGGAUGCUCGGAGAGGGGAGGCCGAGGCACGGGGAGAGGUUGAGUUCUUGAGGGGCGAAGUCGAGAGGUCGCGAAGCGAGUUAAGGAGGGAGAAAGAGAGAAUGAAGACGGAAGAGCAGUUGAAUGGUGGUGGUGGGUACUCGUCCUCUUCCAAGGUGCAAGAGCUCGAAGCGCAGUUAACCGCAAAGGAUGAUGAAAUAAGGGGAUUGAAGGCCAUCAUCCAAAAUCUGAACGCCAGCAGCCCCAAACGACCCAACGGCAUCAACGUUGCCAAUGGACAUCAAAGGAAAGACUCGUCGCCUGUUGGCGACGGCGGAGAGGAUGCCCUUCAGCAACAAAUCCGGGACCUUGAACUUCUCCUGCAGCAAAAAAGCGCGCAUGAGGAGGAACUUGUGCAAGAAGUCAGACAUUUACGGAAUAGCGUCACACUUUCGAAGUUCCCCAUGCCAAUGACUGGCGCUGCAUUUGGCAUCCACACGGGUAUGCGUACAGGACAUUCCAGAGGAAACAGCGAGGAAUUGGAUCGCAAGCAUCUCAGCACCGGUACGAUGGGAAGUCAGAGGACCGUAGUCCUCGGGCCGGUGAAACGAAACGGUGUAAGUGGGCAUGAACGGCAAGACAGCCAAACCACGGGCCAGGAAGCCUGGCAUGAUGCUUCCUCUGGAGGAGCGUCACCGGUGAGACAACAUCACGAUUACGACACUGGUGUGAGAGAACAUGAGAGGUCUGAUGAUGGCGUAACGGAUGUCUCUACUUCUGAAAGUGCAAUAUUAUGGUGCGAGAUCUGUGAAGAAAGCGGCCACGAUAUCUUGACCUGUGGAAACAUGUUUGGACCUGGCAAGAAGAUUACUUCAGACAUGGAGCCGUCUGGUACGGAUGGCGAGGAUGGGAGAGAUGUCGCGCACGAGGGACACCGGCGAGAUGGUGAAGGGAACGGCGACAUUGCUGAACAGACGCUGGCAGUGGCAGUAGCGGCCCGAGAUCCAGAUCGACCUGCUCCCCUUAUGAGUCGGAAAGCGCCCAACAACACCAUCAUUUUGCCAUCCGACAUGCACCCCAACCCGCCGCCGACCGAAGAUCUGCCCUCUCCACCCAUUGCAUCAGAAGCACCCGACACUCCGAUUGCGAAGGCGGCGAACCCUCCUAUUCCCGCCACGUCCACAUUCACGGCUGCUCUGGCUCCCGCGAAACUCAUCGAAGGCACAGGCGCACAAGCCGGCAUGUUAGCCGGACGGACAACGGGAGUCAUAGACCCAGAGAAAUGGUGUGCACUGUGUGAGCGCGACGGGCACGAGAGCGUCGACUGUCCUGUGGAAGAGGCUUUCUAG